UUGCACUGAUUGGCUGCUUACGGACAGCGCCCUCCCAGGAGCGCCUCCUGAUUGGCCGCUUUCGCCCAGCGGCUCGAGACGCAGUCCCAUUGGCCGAACUCCCGCCGAAGGUUGCUAAGCAACCUCACAACCGCUGAGCGGGGGAGGGGAAAGCGGCGCGCGCGGAGACGCUCCCGUCCGGGGAGCUGUUAUGGAAAACCCAGUAGCCUUCAUGGAUGGUAAGGAUGUACCAUGUUCAGCUUUCUCCUCUGAAGAAGCACCUGUGUCAGAUGUGCCUGGGACAUCGUUCAGGAGAGAAUCAGAUAGCCUUGAAGACUCCAAAUUAACCGGUGAUGUCUCUGGAGCCACAGCCGGUAUUGACACCAAACCUAAAUCCAUACAUCGUGCCAAGAUAUGGUCAGGUGAAGUUGAGAAUCUCUACAGAUUUCAGCAAGCUGGAUAUAGGGAUGAAAUUGAAUAUAAGCAAGUGAAGCAUGUAGACAUGGUGGAAAGGUGGCCUGAAACUGGAUUUGUGAAGAAGCUUCAGAGAAGGGACAAUACUUUCUACUAUUACAACAAAGAAAGAGAAUGUGAAGACAAAGAAGUUCAUAAAGUCAAAGUUUAUGCUUACUGAUUUUUGUUACGCCCCAGUGUUGUUGUUUUUCUAAAAGUAGAGCGCAUUGAAAUCCUAAUUUUUUUGUUGUGAAUAAUAUGGAAAACAUUAAACAAGUUGUUUUAAAAGUA